CGCUAACGUAAAAGCAAACGUGAAGUGAGGCCACAAGUCCCCAUACAUUUAGUGUUUUUGUAGAGGGCUUUAGCUUCCCCCACAAGUGUUCCUGCAGAGAGCGAACGUACGCAUUAACCACUUGCGUCAUACUGCCUUCUAGACAAAGUUAUAAAAGAUCAACAUCUGACUCCUGGAAGCUUUUAAUCUGAGCAACUUAUAAAAAGCUAUGAAUGUUCAGUAUACUCAUACUUAUUUUCUGUUCCUGUGGUCUACAUUUUGCUUCGCAACCAGACAGGAAAACACUAUCAGACCAGGUGAACAUAACGUCAGAGAGAGUGAUGUCAAAAAGUUGCUGAGUAGCCACCAUCACCUCAUCAUAAGCCGGGGAAUUUAUCAGAGCCCGGACUAUCCACUCUGCGUGCGAUCUCACUUGAUAUCAGCUUCGGAUGUUACAUUUCGGCACAAGUUAAGCUAUCAAGAACGGGAGUUCAAGGGCCAGAGAAUACGCGGAAUCGGCCUGUACCGGUAUGUAUUAUGA